AUUAUUUCCCAGAGCCCGGAUUAGUGAAUCGGCGAGAGUUGCUGCGGCAGUCGUCGCGCCUUUCGCCGCCGCUGCCGCCACCGGAGGGAAGCAGCAGAGGCCCUUCGGCCAGGAAGUUUCAGUUUCAUAUUUAAACAUUACUAAAGAAAGAAACUGCUUUAAAAAGGCUUUCCCGAUUUCUGCUUUUUAUCCAAGAUGGAAGAUAAUGCCCCAAAGCAUGUCAUCCAGAUGACAGGGUUUAAGAUGGAGGAAAAGGAAGCUCUGGGAAAAUUGCUUUUAAAGCUAGAUUGCACUUUUAUUAAGAGUGAGAAAUACAAAAACUGUACACAUCUUAUAGCCGAACGCUUAUGUAAAAGUGAAAAGUUUUUAGCAGCUUGUGCUGCAGGAAAAUGGGUACUAACUAAGGACUACAUAAUUCAUAGUGCCAACAGUGGCAGAUGGCUUGAUGAAACAACUUAUGAAUGGGGAUAUAAAAUUGAAAAAGACUCCCAUUAUUCACCUCAAAUGCAAUCUGCACCUAAAAGAUGGCGUGAGGAGCUGAAACGCUCUGGUGCUCCAGGAGCGUUCCACAGAUGGAAAGUUGUCCUCCUUGUUAGAGCUGAUAAACGAAGUGAUUCUCUUGUAAGAGUGUUAAAGGCUGGAAAGGCAAAUGUUAUUUUACCAAAAAGUUCACCAACUGGAGUAACUCAUGUAAUUGCCAGUAAUGCAAGAAUCAGUGCUGAAAAAGAAAAAGAUACCUUUAAUGCUCCAUUUUACCCGAUUCAGUAUCUAGGGGAUUUUCUUUUAGAGAGAGAAAUUCAGAAUGACGAAGAUUCUCAAAUUAGUUCUAUUGGAAGUAAACCAAGCAAUCAAGAAAAAAACAAUGAUUUCAGAAAAGAUACGGGAGUUUUUGAAAUGAAAAGUGCCUUAAGAGAGACCAUAUGUAGAACCCAGAAAGAAAUGCAAAAUCAUGAUGAAGAUGUUUGUUCUGCUGUGAGUGAACAUCACAAAAGAGAGAAAUUCAGAGAAACUAGAGAAGACUUGAGAUUUAUUAAAAUGAGAAAUACCUUAAGAAGUCAUAUAUACGGAAAUCAGAAGGAUACUAAGAAAAAAUACGAAGAUAUUCAAAGAAGUUAUACUUUAAGGAAAAAACGCAAAAAAGAAACUGAUUGCAAGAAAGACAUCGAACAUGACAAAAUUAAAAGUACCUUAAGAAAACAAGUGUGUUACACAGAUCAGAAAGAAAUGAACAGUUCUGUUUUCACUGAUUAUGCCAAAGAAUCAAAACCCAAGGAUAUCAGGAUGGAUAUGGAUGUCGUUGAAAUAAAAAAUAUCUUAAGGAAGCACAUAUAUAGAGCUCAGGCUGUCAGAUACAACUGCAUUAGAAUAGAGAAACAACCAGUAUACAACGUAGAGGUUAAAAAUGCUGACUUUCCCAGAGGAAUAUUAAAUUUAAUUGAAAGCCUCAUAGAAGGACAGUUUUUUAAAGAAGCAAUGGAAGAGCUUUCCUCGUUGCAAGCGCAUUAUGUCCCUCCCGUGUGCCUUCUUCAUUCUCUUCUGGACAGCGUCCUACAGGAUAAAAUAGAUACAUUUUCUGGGCGAUACUUUGAUAUAUUGUCAGCUCUUCUUCGUCUGCAUCCUCCUUGGAAAUCUCCAACCAUGUCAAGAUACUACUUAGAGUUGUUUCAGUGUCCAACUUGUAUGAAAGGACCCUGGUCUCUGGUUGAAGCACUUAUCAGGUCGUGUCUUUUUAAUGAAAAUUUUUGUCAUGAAAUUUCACAAAACAUUGACUCUAAGGUAUUCCACCUUACAUUGCUCAAAUUUUUCUUCAGUUUGGUUGAAAGUGAAGUCCAACAUUUGAGUCAAAAGUUGUAUGACUGUUCAGAGUCUCAGAGUCUGAAAACAACAGGAAAGGCAAUUCUCCUUGAAAUCUUUUGGUCAGGAAAUGAAACUUCUGGGCUUUUGACCAAACCAGUAAAUAUGCUUUUAGAAUGGACUAUGUAUUCUUACAAGGAAAAAUGCAAAUCCAAUGACGUCUUCAGACAUGAACUAGCUUACUUAUUGACUGGAAUUCUUGGAGCAGCAAUAGAUUAUUGGAUCUUCCUUGGUCUUAAGAUGGGUAGAAAUGUGAUGCGACACCUGUCUGAGGACUUAGGAAGUUAUAUUUCCCUUACAUGUGAUGACUUUUCUUCACAGGAACUAGAGAUUUUCAUUUGCUCCUUUUCCUCCUCCUGGCUUCAAAUGUUUGUUGCAGAAGCAGUCUUUAAAAAGUACUUUUUUGAUAAUUCUUCUGAGCUGCUGUCGCUUCAGAAAAUGGUAAAUGGCUAUUUGCGGGCUUUGGGGAAAGCUAGUGUGCACAGGGCUGGGAAGGCGCAUUUACCAAAGAAAACCGGACAGCGAUCUUGCCUUGAAUCUCAGAGAGCCUUACUGAUGCUGAACGGCGCAAAGCGGAAGCAAGGGGAAGGGCUGCCCAGGUUACCAGAGCUGAGCCUUGCUAAAUGUUCCCCAUCAUUAAAAAAAUUGAAAAAGAAGUCAGAAGGAGAAUCACCAUGGUCCAAGGAGAAUUGCCCCAGUCUUAAAAAGAUGAAUAUUCACAAGACUAAUCUAAAAGGAGAAACAGCCCUGCAUAGGGCUUGCAUAAGCAACAAAGUGGACAAAUUGAUUUUACUUCUGUCUUUGCCAGGAAUAGACAUCAAUGUUAAAGACAAUGCUGGCUGGACGCCUUUGCAUGAAGCCUGUAACUAUGGCAACACAGUGUGUGUCCAGGAAAUUUUGCAGCGUUGUCCAGAGGUAGAUCUGCUCACUCAAGUGGACGGGGUGACUCCUUUGCAUGACGCACUGUCCAACGGACAUGUAGAAAUUGGCAAGCUGCUGCUGCAGCACGGGGGCCCAGUGCUUUUACAGCAGAGAAAUUCUAAGGGGGAAUUGCCCUUGGAUUAUGUGUUGUCCCCACAAAUCAAGGAGGAGCUUUUUGCUAUUGCAAAAAUAGAAGAUACAGUGGAGAACUUUCAUGCACAAGCAGAGAAACAUUUUUACCACCAGCAACUCGAAUUUGGUUCAUUUUUACUCAGUAGGAUGCUGCUAAAUUUUUGUUCAAUUUUUGAUUUGUCUUCAGAGUUCAUCUUAGCUUUCCAAGGGUUAGCUCAUCUGAAUGAGCAGCUUAUGGCUUAUAAAAGUUUUAAAGAAACCACCACGGCUCACACUGACUGGCUACUGGAUCUUUAUGAUAGAAAUAUAAAGACAUUGCAGGAGCUCCCCAAUGUUCUGAAGGAACUGCCUGAGAAUUUGAAAUUAUGUCCCGGAGUACAUACCGAGGCCUUACUGGUGACUUUGGAAAUGAUGUGUCGGUCACAGAAUUUUCAUGAUGGUGCCACAAAGUACAGGUCAAGUUUCUAAACGUGGUCUGGUUUGCUUUGUAAUUUAGUAGAGACUUCAGAGCUUACUGACAAAUAUGAAUACGAUUUAUUUAUUAACUGAUUAUUCAGAUUUGUGAAAUUUCAAAAACCCUUGAAAAAUUUCUGCAGAACUAAAAUAUAAGCUUCUAUUUCCAGGAUGUAGAAUUUGAUUAAGAAGUUUUUGAAAAAAAAGUUUUAUUUGAUUUUAUUAAUCUUUUAUUAAUAAAUUGCUUUUAUUAAGCCUUUUGUUCU